GGGGUUUAGGGCAGCGGCUGCUGUUCCUUCGCUCUCCUUCCCGAGUGAGGAACUGCGCGGCAUCCACCGCCCCUUCCCUUUUCCGAUCCUGGGCCGCUCCUCACCCCCCCCCCCCCCCGAUCCCGGCUCCUUCUGCUGCCGGGUAUCCCCUGCUCACCGUCAGUUUUGUUUGCCCCAGCCCCCCUGCAGUUCCCAUCCCCUCUCUCUCUCUCUACUUCACCGUCCCGCAGGUACUUCACCUCCUUUCAGAGAUUCUCUCAUUAGGCUGUGGCACAACUUGGAAGCGAUCAGAAGUUGUUCUGUCACCUGAUCCUGAAUUUGGAACUGCAGGACUGUCUUUCGUAGUGGCUUACGCUCCAUUUGAUGUACAGCCGGAGUUUGAGAUUACUGAAGCAAGUAUGUGCUCGUGGAGUGAGAAACUCAAUGCCGACCUUUCUGGGACCAUGGAUGGUAGCACCAUGAAGAAAUACCGACGUGAGGCUUACCACCGAGUGUUUGUAAACCGCAGUUUGGCAAUGGAGAAGAUUAAAUGUUUUGGAUUUGACAUGGACUACACUCUAGCAGUGUACAAAUCUCCAGAAUACGAGGCUUUGGGCUUUGAUUUGACUGUUGAGCGCUUGGUCUCCAUUGGGUAUCCUCAGGAGCUAUGCAACUUUGUCUAUGAUCCUGUUUUCCCUACCAGGGGUCUGAUUUUUGACACAUUAUAUGGGAACUUACUGAAGGUGGAUGCAUAUGGGAACAUCCUGGUCUGCGCCCACGGAUUCAAUUUCAUGAGGGGCCCAGACAUAAGGGAGCAAUAUCCAAACAAGUUUAUUCAGCGAGAUGAUACUGAACGCUUUUACAUCCUCAACACUCUCUUCAAUUUGCCAGAGACCUAUCUGUUUGCUUGUCUGGUUGAUUUUUUUACGAAUUGCCCCCGAUACACAAGCUGUGAAACAGGAUUUAAAGAUGGUGAUCUCUUCAUGUCCUACAAGAGUAUGUUCCAGGAUGUGCGGGAAGCUGUCGACUGGGUUCAUUACAAGGGAUCUUUGAAAGAGAAGACUUUGGAAAACUUAGCAACAUAUGUUGUUAAAGAGCCUAAACUCGCACUGCUGCUGAGCCGAAUGAAUGAAGUUGGCAAAGUAUUUUUGGUGACGAACAGUGAUUACACCUAUACCAAUAAAAUCAUGACGUACAUGUUUGACUUUGCACAUGGCCCCGAGCCUGGGACUGCUCACCGACCAUGGCAGUCAUACUUUGACUUGGUUGUAGUGGAUGCUCGGAAACCACUUUUCUUCAGUGAGGGAACAGUUCUGCGACAAGUGGACACGGCAACUGGCCAUCUGAAAAUUGGGACGCACACAGGACCUCUCCAGCAUGGUAUUGUGUACUCAGGUGGUUCCUCAGAUAUUAUGGGUGAUCUGCUGGGAACGAAAGGCAAAGACAUUUUGUAUAUCGGUGAUCACAUCUUUGGUGAUAUUUUGAAAUCGAAGAAGCGACAGGGCUGGAGAACAUUUCUGGUCAUCCCAGAGCUAGCACAAGAGCUACAUGUCUGGACUGACAAAAGCAAUUUGUUCGAAGAGUUGCAGAGUCUGGAUGUGUUUCUGGCUGAACUUUACAAGCAUCUAGACAGUAGCAGUAACGAGAGGCCUGACAUCAGUGCCAUUCAGAGAAGGAUCAAGAAAGUCACUCACGAUAUGGAUAUGUGUUACGGAAUGAUGGGGAGCCUUUUCCGUAGUGGUUCCCGUCAGACACUCUUUGCCAGUCAGGUGAUGCGUUAUGCAGAUCUGUAUGCAGCCUCCUUCAUCAAUCUUCUGUACUAUCCCUUCAGUUACCUCUUCCGUGCUGCCCACGUCUUGUACAUUAUUUCUUCUUUGCUCUCCUCCUGCCCUGUCUUGCUUUGUUCCCUGUUUGUUCUUCAGAUGCCUCAUGAGUCUACUGUAGAGCACAGCCAUGUCGAUAUCCGUGAUGUUGAGUCUCCAAUGGCAACUCGCAACCGCUCAACAAGCUCCAUGGAUAUUAAAGAGACUGAGUACAAACGGCACCAUCUCACCCGAUCAAUUAGUGAAAUAAAACCCCCCAACCUUUUCCCACAAACUCCACAAGAAAUUACACACUGCCAUGAUGAAGAUGAUGACGAGGAGGAGGAGGAGGAGGAGGAAGAAUAACAAGGAAAUGAAUCUCCUUAAUCCUGCCCCAUCCCAUAGAAGUGACACGGUUUAAAGUAUGUAAAAUUGAAGAUUAAUGACCUGAUCAGAAUGGAAAGACGAUUGUGAAAUGUUCAAUGGAUUCAAAGGAACAGGGUUUUGUUUUAAACCUGGAAAUUUAUGAAAAGAGCUAAAUACUGAAACUUGAGUAAUUUGACAAUGUGCAAAUGAAUUUUAAUCACAAGUCAAGUUUGCAUUGAAUGCAGGAAAUGAUGGACUUUGAAGACUGAGUUGAAUAGAUUCACACCUUUGAUGAUUUCAUUGGAUGUUUCACUAAAGAUGAUUAUUGUUUGAAAGGGAAUUGCAAAAUUGAGCCUGUAAUUUCUCUGUUUUUGACUUCGCACAGCCUGAGAUUCUGAGAACACCAGCAAGUUGUUUCAAACUCCUCUCAAACUGAGCCUGUCAUGGAUCCGUCCUCUGAUUCCUAUGUGCUUUAUUAUAGAUUUGGGGCUUUGAUCUCACUAUGGAAUUUGAGUUUGUGUAUGAUCAAAGUUGUCUAAUGUUUACCUUGGUCCAGAGAAGUUAUGUUUCUGCAGCAAUUGGAAAGAUCUGAAAAACGGGUCCUCAAAGCUGCUUCUGCCGGACACAACUUGAUUGGUGGGAGUGCUUGCACAUCUGGUGAAUCUUCUGUGCAAAGCAGCAAGAGUUGGGAAUCCCACAAAUAAAUAUGUUUUUUUUUGUUGGGGGGGGGGGGGGGGGGUGGUGGAGUGCAAUAAGUUGUGUGGAAUCACUGCACAAGUUGCAGUUUAUAAUUUUCUUGUUCAUCUCCCACUUGGACCUUUUUGAGGCUCCAAGGAAACAGAGUUCUGUUUUCCUUUUCAGGGUCAUUGCGUUCCCACAGAGGCUUGGUUUAGAUCCAAAUCCAAUCAGAUGCAGAAAUGACAAUUUUGUUUAGAGAUGUGGGAAAUUGAGAAGUUUUCAUUGGGAUCAUGUAGAUGGAGUUUUAUUGUGUAUAGGCAUCUAACCUUUCGUUGUAUCUGGCUGAGGAGUAUUGGACAUGAGAAUAAAUUACAUUUGGUCUUAAUAUUUAGGACAAGCAGACCGCUUUAUUAGUAUCCCAGUUACCAUUUUAACUGUUUAAUCCUUUUCACCAAUGACGCACAGUGGCAGCAGCAUGUACCAUCUUCAAGAUGCACUAGAGCAACUUGCGGGCUGCCAGAAGGACAAAGGAGUGAAAAAGUACAGGACAGUGACCUGCAUGAUCAUCUCCAUUUGCACGCCAUUCAUACUUGGAAACAUAUUUCCAUUUCUUUGUCAUUGUUGGGUCAAAAUCCUGUAACUUUGUUUAACACCACUGUGCGAAUACUUUAACCAAGCCAACAGCAGUGAAUCUUGGUCACCACCACUUGAGGGCAAUAAAUGCUGGUGCCAUCUACAAUUUCUUGGUAAUACUCAAUUUUUAUUAAAAAAAAAAGCUGGUGUGAAAGAUUGAACUAUCACUAAUUAUAUUAUUGUAUUCAAAAUGCUGCCUUAUGUAUCUAUUGAUCUGUUGGUUAACACCACUGUUCUCUGUUGUUGCACAGGACUAGUUUGCUUGAAAGUUUUAAAGGUAUUUCACUAGAACAAGGUUAUUGGCAUACCUUACAAGCUGUUGUGCAGUACUGCACAUGUAGAACUUAGUAGGAGUGUUGUUCAGAAGCUGUUAACAUUGUUCCCAUUUUUGACCCUUGUUCUGUGUGACAAUUUUAUAAAUUAAUCUGCAAGUGCAGAUGUAUUCAUGCGCCUCUGGUUUGGCUGAUGUCAGGGCUGCUGUUUGAACUGAAGCAGACCAGUUGUUUUAUUUUGCACUUUGCAGAAUAUUUACCUCUUGCCAAUGUGUAGCCUAGCUUUUGUCUGAAUUUGUUCCAUCGUUCAGAUUUUACUAUGCUCCCAUUUCAUUGAUUGAUUACUUGCCCUACUCAUGAACACCCAUGUAAGUUCCUAAGCGACCAAGGAUACUGAUGAGCCACAGAAUUGUGUUUUUCGGUACAUUUGGUGUUUCUAAGAAACAAUGUUAAUUGUACUCUUGGUAUUUUCAUAAGGGUCACGAUGUAUGUCCUUUUAGGUGGCAGGUUCAACCAGCAUAAACCUUUCUCUGAGGCUGAUGUGGCAGCUAUUUGCUGUUUAUUAACCAGAUCUGGUUUAAAUAAUUAUUUCCGGACCCUCUGCUUUACUGCCACUUUUGUAUAGCCCCUGAAACAAUUUUAGUGUGAUCUAAUCUUUAUGCUUGAGCAAAAAAACAUUCAUAGCUGCCUUGUACAAAGUUUACAAUCUCCAAAGUAUCAAACUUCACUGGUUAGGUCUGUUUUCCUGAUGCUGCUGUUUUAUUAAUGGGUUUUAAUCUGGAGGACUGCUAAUUGUUGAGAGAUGAGGUCUUCUGCUUUUGUGUUUUUUAAAUACCAGCCUGAAUCAUGCUGUUGCUUUGAACCUGGCUUGCUGCCCUUGUUUCCAGUUGUCUGCAGCUGUUCAUUCAACAAUGAUUUGAUAAACUAACAAGAAUUGUUUUUUUUAAUCCUUCCAAGGGGCAAUGGUAGAUUAUCAAUAACUGCACAGGCUACAGCUCCCUGGUUUACUAAGUGUACAUUUUACAGGCAUAGUGUUGAUUUGUUGAGUAAAACAAGACCCAAGCUGUCAGGACCAAUCUCAGGGUGAGAACAGCUGGUGUGGACAUAAAUGAGCUUGGCCAGGGGCGCAGUCCUGCUGUGGUGUUUUAUACAAUAUGGAACUUGCUCUCCAUUUCCAAGAAAGUGCAAAGGGCCAUGACAAAAACUGAUUGAUUGGAUCAAAAUCCAUAAUUCUGUGGUUGUCCAAACUCAAGAACAGUCCUUUGUUUCUUGAAAUGAAGUUGUGUUGGCUUUAGCACCAUUGUAAUAGCACACUGACUUUUCUGAACUCUUGUUCCAGUGAUUUAGUGAAGAGCUUCCUUUUUUUAAAAAAAAACCAGGUAUAACGAUUUGCUUGGAACUCUUUGGGAUGGAGCAGGUACUAUUGAUACUGAGUCAUGGCCCAGGGCCAGUAUGCAACAAACAUGCAGUGAAAGUGGUAACCCUUUAGUGAAACCACUCCAGGAUUUUCUGUUCAACUGAAUAUGUAUAUAUAUAUUGUUCCUGAUGCUGUUUGUAAAAUAAAAGGAUAAAACAAUGA